AUGCCAAUAGUGGACGCUGUAUUAAGAAACCGACUCAAGACCGAAAACACCCUCCUGCCUGGCACACUCAGCAUGGUGACGGAAAAUAUCAAGAGCAUCAUAUUUGCCGGUGUUGACACGACCGCAUCCGUGAUAAGCCAUGCCCUUUACGAACUGUCACAAAAUCCCGUUGCGCUGCAACAACUGCGAAAAGAGCACGACGACGUACUAGGAUCAGACAGCUCGCAUCUUUGGGAUAGUAUCCUCUCAAAACCCUCUCUCUUAAACGAGCUUCCGUACACACUUGCGGUGAUGAAAGAGACAAUGCGCAUGUAUACGCCAAUCGGUUCCACUCGGAUGGGGCAAAAGGGGUUUAAUAUUAAUACCGGAGAUGCGAGAACGAGCUACCCAACUGAGGGUUGCAUGGUUUACCUGGCCGGUCCAGCACUCCACCGUGACCCGGAUCUGUAUCCUCGGCCAGGCGAGUUCCAUCCCGAGCGCUUCAUGUCCGAUGGUCGCAGCGAAUGGCCCGACUUACCCAAAUACGCCUACCGCCCCUUCGAGAUGGGGCCUCGUACUUGCCUGGGCCAAGACCUGGCCUUACUCGAGUCGAAGGUCUUGCUCGUGCUAUUAGCGAGACGCUUCGACUUUCAACCUGACUACAAGGGUGACGACAGCCCUCGCAAUAGUAUUGAGGGGUAUGGCCGGCGGGCUUACCAAACCAUGUACACCACUGCGAAACCCAAAGAAGGAAUUCCCAUGCUUAUUAAGUUACGCAACUAG